AUGGCUAUGUUCACAGCUUCUCGAACACAAGUGGCUACUUAUCUACUUGGCGUUUGUCCUUUCUCUAUUGCCUUUCUCGUCUUCCUCAAUUCAUCGGUAUCGUUCGUCAUCACUGAUCUCAUUGGUAAACACGACGGCGUCGGUGAUGCUGUAGGCAACCUGGGAUUUGCUGACGAGCUUGUCGCUCUGGUCGCUUGUCCAAUUUGGGGCCUCCUUUCCGAUCGAAUCGGGGUCCGCUGGGUCUGCUGCUUAGGCUACAUACUCAUCGGUGUAGCACUCUUCGCAUUCGUCCAGGCCAAAAAUGUCUAUCCCGAUUUACUUCUUGGACGGCUCUUUUUCAGCCUUGCUAGUGCCAACAUCUCGACUAUGGUCACAGCUAUAUUGCCGAGCAUGUCCUUUGUCGAGGAGACCGGAAAGAAACCACCUUUGCCGCGUCGACAGCAGUCAAGAAAUGGCCAUGCCCAUACCCCGUCCGUCGCAUCCGAGCUCACAAUAACACCGUCAAAUUACCUUACAGUUCGGGCCGAACCAAACUCAGCAUCGCAGCCGACACAGCAACCUGACCACGCGUCGAAAAUCGCUGGCUUUGUCGGUAUGGCGACUGGCUGUGGGGCACUAAUUGCUUUGAGUGUCUUCCUUCCUUUGCCAGCUCGUUUUCAGAAGGCUGGAGUCGAUCCAGCUCGUGCCCUCCAGUACAGCUACUAUGUCGUUGCGGCUGUCGCAUUGCUGCUCUUUCUUGUCUCCUUGCUUGGCCUCCGUGGGCUCCAGAGUGAGAAAGAUAAAGGCUGGGCUACUCUUCGACCAGGAUCUAAGCGUGAUCAGCCAAAACCUUCAAUCCGAGAGACUGCUUCCUCUCUGGCUGCUUCGAUUCGCCAAGCAUUUCUAGCUAGCUUCACACGAAGAGACAUAUUCAUUGGUUAUGUGGGUGGAUUUGUGGCACGGGCAUCUUCGGUCGGAAUUUCUCUCUUCAUACCCUUGUUGGUCAAUGCCGUCUUCCUAUCCUCUGAUCUAUGCGAGCCUCAGAAAGCACUGGACAGACCGUCUGGAUUACCUGACGUCAAGCGACGAUGUCCCAGAGCAUACGUCGUGGCUGCUGAGCUAACUGGCGUGUCACAACUUAUUGCUCUCUUGUGUGCGCCACUAUUUGGCUAUUGGGCAUCCCGACUUACUAACAAGACAAUUCCCUUGAUGGUUGCUGCUGUUGCUGGUAUUGUCGGCUACCCCGUGUUUGCGGCUUUCUUUGACGCACACGACGACAAUAAGUCUGCUCGCGCCGUGGCAUUCGUCUCCGUCUGCCUCAUCGGCAUCAGUCAGAUUGGUGCGAUAGUCUCAAGUCUUAGUAUCCUUUCCAACGGUGUACUAAAGCAGACCACUACCAACGCUCCGAAUCCAAAUAGCAGUACUAACGAAAGAUCAACAGACACUGAAGCUGCACCACUUCUAGGUGAAUCCGUCUCCUCGUCCAAGGCCGCACCAAGUCUUGCCGAGCUCAAAGGUUCGAUAGCUGGUGUUUACUCUUUCUACGGAGGCGCAGGAAUUCUGCUGCUGACGAAAGUUGGUGGCGCACUCUUCGACAGUAUCACGAAAGCAGCGCCUUUCUACAUGAUGGCAAGUUUCAACGCUAUACUUUUGAUCUGUGCACUAGCCACAUCAUUUCGAACCGAGCCUCUGCAACGUUGA